GCUUGCGACAAGUUUGCGCAAAGUUAAACAUGGCAAGUCAUGGUAUCGCGCGCGCAUCCGGUCCUAUCGUCCGCUCAGAGGAGGCGCAACAGAAGGAGCUUCAGCAGAUCGCGACUUACAAGGACCUGGUCGACUUGGUAAACGCAAGGAUCGCAGAGAAACAGUACACAGUCGAAUUGUUGGGCCUUGUCACGAAGCUCCUGAACGAGAACCCCGAGUACUACACGAUAUGGAACCACCGGAGACGCGUCUUAAGUGCACUACUCUCUGCAGAGUCGCCGGAGCAAUCACAAAACGAUCUUAUACAAGGCGAUUUGCAGCUCACAUUCGCGUUGUUGCGCAAGUUUCCCAAAUGCUAUUGGAUAUGGAAUCACAGAGAUUGGCUUCUACAGAAAGGAGAAUCUUUCCUGGGCGAAGACGCAGCCCGCAAGCUUUGGUCGGGUGAGCUACAGCUGAUAAACAAGAUGCUGCACGCAGACAGUAGGAACUUCCAUGCAUGGGGCUAUAGGCGCUUUGUAGUCUCGCAGCUUGAACGUUUGGUUGCCCCCGAAAACAUAUCCUGUAGCCUCACCGAGUCUGAGUUCGAGUAUACGACAAAGAUGAUCAAAACCAAUCUGUCCAACUUCUCCGCUUGGCACAACCGCAGCCAACUCAUCCCCCGUAUCCUCAACGAGCGCCAGGCGGACACCACAACGCGCCGUGCUUUCCUGGACUCCGAGCUUUCAUUGAUAUGCGAGGCCAUCAACACCGACCCGUUUGACCAAUCCAUCUGGUUUUACCACCAAUAUCUGCUAUCAACCUUGUCUCCGUCCUGUCCGCCACAGCAUCUUAUAGUCCAAACCCUAACCAACGGCGAGCGGCAAAGCUACUACGAGCACGAGAUGGAGUAUAUCAAGGAUAUAUUGGAGGACGAGACGGACUGCAAAUGGAUAUACGAGGCACUGCUGGGACUCGCGGCGGCGUAUUUAGAGGUGGACGCUGGGACCGGAGCGGUAACGACAAAGGAUAUGAGGGCGUGGCUUGGGGAGUUGAAUCGGCUAGAUCCUUUGAGGCGAGGGCGGUGGAGGGAUCUGGAGAGGACGCUGAAGUUGUGAAUCUACAUGUUCUUGUUGGCAC